AUGCCCAAAGAAAAAAACUACAAUCCCGUGCAGGCGCAACGCAAAGCCGACAAGGCGAGGGAGAUAAAAAAAGGCAAGCGCUUAGGCCCCAGAAACCGCAAGGCCGAGGUGCAAGCCCGGCGCAACGAGCGCCUCGCUAAGCGAAACCCAGAAGGGAUCAAGCGGCAGAUCGACGACCUCAAGGCGGUGGCCGAGGGCGGCGGCAAGCUCUCUUCGCACGAGGAGUCGGUCCUCGAGGGGCUGGAGAAGGAGCUCAAGGCGGUCCUCAAGGCGCGCGAGCUGCUCGGGGACAAGGCGCCGCAGUUUGGGAGCGGUCGGCCGCACCGUGACGGUGGCAGGGACGGCGACAGGGGCUCGCUGGGCAAGAGGAGGAGGGGCGAGGACGGCCCGCUGCGAAGGGACAGCGACAGCGACAGCGAUGAGGUGCCAGAGGACGUGGCAAGGAUUCCGAUGCCGCGCGACACGCCGCCGCCCAUCCCCAAGGAGGUUCUGGAUCGGUGGUGGGCAAAGAGGAGGGCGAAGCGUGCUGGCGGCGGCAACAACAACAACAAAAACAACAACAAUGAUCCGGCAAAUGCGGAUGCUGGUGCGGGCGCUGGAAGCAGUGCGAAUGCGGUACCGCUUACAAAGGAUAGGGGGCUGGGCCGGGGUUUCAACAGCGACACGGGUCUGCCGCCAAAGCCUGCACCGGUGGCCACGUCAGAGCCCAAGGUGGUUUACGAAUCCAAGCCGGUCGUCAGGGACUUGAGGAAGGAGGCAGUCAGCGCCUUUGUGCCCUCGGUCGUGCAGGCGAAGCUGUCUAAGGGUAAAGGCGAAGGCGGCACGCUGCUGGAACCGGAGGAGGCCGACCGGCUCGAGCAGGAGGGCUAUCUAAAGGCUACGGGUACAGGACCUUCCCAGACGGGAGGCGCGUCCACAGAGACGGAGAAUGCGGCACCAGAACAGACGAAUAGGCCACCGCACCAAGUCAUGAUGGAGGAAGUCCAAGACGAGGAGGGUUGA